GCUUCGGCCAAGGGCUCUUUAAAUUCUUUACAGUCUAGAGAAUACGUUUCCACAAUGAACUACUUCGCGGUGCUCUGCAUUUUCUCAUGCAUUUGCCUUUGGCAAUUCAGCGAUGCUGCCCCCUUUAUAAGCGUUCAGUCUAGUUCACAAUCGAGAUCCCAGAAAGUGAUGAACGGCAUGUUGAGAACCCUAUACGACUACAGUGUUCAGGAUAGUGUGAACGAUGCGACUGGGCACUUGAUUCACACUCACAAAUCGAAUUUCAACUCGGAUGUCAUGAGUCCUGAGGAAAUAGAGAGAGUGCGCCAGCAACUGAAUAUGGCAUAAUUUUGGAUUCACCAGCAAAUAACUUGAAAAGCGAUAUAUAUGCUUUUUAAACGCAGUUACUUCAAGCAAAAUAUUAUGUAUCUGUAUAAUAUGUAAUAUAUCAUUUAAAAGAUAUCAUAA